AUGUCUGAACCGUUUUCCUACCAUUCACCAUCUGCCAUUGCAACCAAUUCAGCAGCAUCCAUAUUGAAGCAGCAUCCAUCCUCUACUGACUCUUUGCGAUGGCCUUCUCCCAUUACCAAUAGUAAAACACUUUACAAGAACAAUGGAUAUGAGCCAUUCAAGUUUGGAAAGGAUUCGAUAUUCCAUACAGAGUCAUUGAGUUCUGAACCCAAUACAUCAUCAGCACCGGUUUGCUCACUAAAGCAUUCAACAACUGAUGCUCAUGACAAUGUUGACCAUAAACCUGCUGCUGCUCCCAUUUUACGGAAUUCCAUCUUUGAUACUGUUCAAUCCAUAUCAAAGCCUGCUAUCAAAAUGACGUAUCAGGAACUUGCUUGUCUAAGGGAGGGGCUAGACAUUAGACAAGCAGAAUCUUCAGUUGGAUCCAAUAGCCCCACGGUCUAUCAGAUACCUAACAUCGUUCAUACCCCUACCACCGAGAAUAUAUUUCCAAAUAUAGAAAAUGCCCAAAGAUCCAUCAGUCCACAACCUUAUUUGCCUGGCAAGGAUGUGCGAUCCAUGACUGUACCAUUGACACUUGAUUCUCAUUCAUCGCAUCCUCAACAUUGGCCAUUGGCUACUGCAGUCAAUGCAUCAACUAUUCCGGAUGCCAAGUAUUGGGGAACCCAUUUUACAAACACCGAUACAGCUUACUUGCGCAAUAUAAAUGCAGGUGGCAGAAGAGGGUUUGUGGAUUUGGACGAACUAUGUGCUGAUUCUCAUCACUCAUCCCAGACACCUGUGCAAGUAGAAUCACUGGCCAAUUCGUCUGCAGAAUUUGCUUUGAAAUCUACUCGAAUUUUACCCACACUUUCCAAACCUUAUGAAACAGAUACCAAGCAACGCUUCAAUCAUGGCAACUCACUUCAGCCAAGCAUUGAGGCUUCAUUAGAAAUCAUUCGGUCAGGACAGUCACUGAAACAAUCGCAUAAUUUACUCAAGGGAAACAAUGGGCAAUUGGACAGUACUGUGUCUAGUCCCAUUACUCAUCCUGCUGGGUUAAGUCGAAUCAAUUUAUCGUUUUUACCCACCAAAAGAAACUUUUUGGGAAAAGGUCGGUAUGCUGAAGUGUAUAAAGGAUCGUAUACGCUGGUGGAGAGUCCAUUGCAAGUGGAUUCUCCUAUACAUACUGACACGGCUUCUGAUACCACACCAAGUACCACAAGACGGUUUUCAACAACAUCUAACCAAUCAGACAACACCCCAUUUUAUCCAUGUGCAGUAAAGCGAAUGUAUACGUCGUCCGAGGCUCAGAGUAUUGGACUUGCAGAAUCAUUUAUUCUUCGUCGUGUUGCAGGCUUACAUCCAAAUAUUGUUCAGUUGAUUGGAGUCAAGGAUGAAGCAGAUAUCAAUGCUCGUUGUGUCAAGACCAAACUGGUGCAAUCGCUAGGAACCUUUACAAAAACAAAUUGUGUUGGGCCAUUGUCUGUAUCGACACUUGAUGCAUCGUCCAUAAGCUCAGCUCAUUCAGCAACAGCUUGUAGUGCACUCCAGUCACCAUCCUACGGAGCAGGAACCAGCACAUUGCAUUCGUUACCACCUGAUCCGACCCCACAACUUAUUUUAGUUCUUGAAUACCUUCCAAAUGGAAAUUUAUGGGAUUGGAUUCUUGCACACGGUGAGAGUAUAGGAAAGCUUUUAUGGUUAAAAUGGGCUCGUGAACUUGCUGGAGCGCUUGCAGCCAUUCAUUCUAUUGGAAUUGUUCAUCACGAUAUCAAACCGCAUAAUAUUUUGAUUGGCAAUGUUUUGGAUGUUCGAUUGGCUGAUUUUGGAAAUGCUUGUUUUAUACCCGAGAUGGGACCCUCGAGAGCGCUCGAGGAACUUUCACCAUGUGUGAAUCUCCCCUGUGCACCUAUUUCAGAUUCCACUCAUAACAGUCCAAACCAUCUAGCCAAGGAAUCGGAUAUUGCUUUUGAGAUGCACGUUGAUGAAACUGUGCAAAACGAUACCAAAGAAGACGAACUUGACAAGAUUCAAGCGUCACAAACUGCCAAGCGACCAUCUGUUGGAUCAAAACGACCAGGUUCUUUACCACCUCAGCUUAAAAUUCCUUCAACCUGUUCAAUACAUCCAUCCUUGGCACGUAUUCCCACUCCGGUAUUACCAGGAUCACCUAUUUCUCCCAACUCGCAAUCACUUAUUAAUGGACUAGGACGAGGCACGCUGGCUUACUCUGCACCUGAUUUACUCAAUCCAGCUACAGCGUAUUCGUUUCCUGUAGAUGUGUACUCGUUGGGUGUGACACUUUUUGCUUUAAUCUCAGGACACGAACCUUUUGGAUUAGCGAGAAGUUCUGUUCACAUGAUGGUUGGUAUUCAACGUGGGUUUUUUGAAAGCGGAUUGCAGAAAUCCGGAUCAGGUAAACUAGCAAGUGUAGGACUAGGUCAAAGAAAAGGAUCGAUUGGAUCCACUACAGGUGGGGUUGUAGGUGAUCCCAGUGAUGGAGUAUGGCGAUUUCUAAAUGGAGAAAGUGUAUGUCCACAGAUUGUUGGGUUAGUCAUGCGAAUGGUACAUCGUGAUCCAUCAGCAAGACCAUCGGCCUUGCAAGUCAUGUCAGAAUUGGCAUAUAUCGAUGCAGCAGUUUGA